AGUCCAAAACAGUGGGCAGUUUCGUCCCACUUUCUUGAGAAGGCGGAUUGUCAGACCCAAAUAAUCUUGUGUGCUGCAGCAAAGGCUCAAGGCAGAUUCGUUUCCUCGCUUGGAUCGAACUAUAAAUAGGAGCUGAUCCGUUUCCCUUAUCAUUUCCCCGAAGAGAGGAGGGUGCAAAUUGCAAAUCAACACGAAAAGCCUUUGGACUUGAGUUGCGCGUGGAGAGGACCUCCUCUGCGCAGUGAAAACAAAACGUUCAUGCAGGACUGUUGACAUAACAAGCCUCUUAAGGGAUCGAUUUGCUCUGGUUCCGAAUCAUGUGUGUGGGUCAUCACCAGUAAGGGACACUCAUGGUCCACCGCGUGCACGACCACCAAAACCGCAUGCCAGUCGCCCAGGCCACAGUUCUGACCCUACCCCCUUCCAGCAAAACAAAGGACUUGAGGCCAACCUUGAUGGCGUUGGACUCCCUUCUGUGCGGGGCGUUCGCCGGGGCCGUCGCCAAAACCGCCAUUGCGCCCUUGGAUCGCACCAAGAUCAUCUUUCAAGUGUCGUCAAAAAGAUUUUCAGCUAAGGAGGCGUUCAGGCUCAUCUACUGCUCGUACAUGAAAGAUGGGCUGCUCAGCUUGUGGAGGGGGAACUCAGCCACCAUGGUGAGGGUCAUGCCGUACGCCGCCAUCCAGUUCUACUCCCACGAGCAGUACAAAAAGGUGCUGGGGGGCCACUACGGAUUUCAGGGAAAGGCUCUUCCGCCGUUGCCCCGAUUGCUGGCUGGCUCGUUGGCGGGGACCACGGCCGCCAUGCUGACGUACCCGCUGGACAUGGUGCGCGCCCGCAUGGCGGUUACAGCCAAAGAAAUGUACAGCAACAUCAUGCACGUUUUUGUGCGCAUUUCCCAAGAAGAAGGCUUUAAGACACUCUACAGGGGCUUCACUCCCACGAUUCUGGGCGUCAUCCCCUACGCAGGAAUCACAUUCUUCACUUAUGAGACCCUCAAGAAACUUCACACAGAAAAAACUAAACGAGCUCAGCCGUCCGCUGUGGAGCGCUUGGCUUUUGGCGCCUGCGCCGGCCUGGUGGGACAGUCGGCCUCCUACCCGCUAGACGUGGUCCGCCGGCGCAUGCAGACGGCCGGCGUCACCGGCUCCACCUGCAACACUAUUUUGGGCACCAUGCGUGAAAUCUUGAGCAACGAAGGCGUCGUGCGUGGAUUCUAUAAAGGCCUGAGCAUGAACUGGCUCAAAGGGCCCGUCGCCGUAGGAAUCAGCUUCACCACCUUUGAUAUCACAAAUAACUUGCUUCUCAAAGUGCACCAGAUGGGCUUCUCCACACACUAACUCAGCACGGUUUGGACCAAUAGGGUUCAAAAACAGACUUUUCAUGAGACAAUAAUAACUAUCAAGAACAAAUGUGUUCCGCGUUUGCACUACUGUAUGUUCUUUCAAGAUAAUCUGACUUUGCCUUGGUCAUCUUGGAUUUCAAAACACAUGAACAUGGUUUGUGACCAUACUAUGGACUGAACAAAUCUGAUUGUCAUUUUCUUGUCAGUAUUAUGACUGCAACUCAAUAUGCAAUUCUUUUUUUCCCAAGGUUCUCAUCUCAUGUAUUUUUGAUUAACACAAGCAGAAAUAAAUCUGUAUUAUAAAAAAUAUAUCAAAUUAUACAUAUUAAUAAAUGUUUUGGGUUUAUAGAGCAAGCUUACGCUAAAAUAUACGCAAAUGAGCUUUAAAUGCCAGGCUUUUCAUUUUGAGAAUCAACAAAAUGUGGAAAAUGUUGUGCGACAUGCAUUCCUUGGAUAAAUUGACAACUAAAUAUAUGUAUGGAAUGUUUUCGAAAUAUUGUAGCUACACUUCAGUUAGUAUUUCCAAUGAUGUAUAUUUUGUGAUUUGAUGAGCGAAUGAAUGGCCAUUAAUCAUCAAUGCAAGCAAUGCUUCAUUUGUCCACAAGAGGGGGCCGUGUUACAAAUUAUAAUACUGUACAGGCUUUGAAAGUAAAAUAAAAAUGUGCAAGUUGCACAUUCAAACAUG